AUGGUAUUCUACCCAGUUAUGCCAUGCUUAUUCGGUACCUUGGCAAACACUAUCAUCCACGCGUUUGUCGUCAUUCUCGCCGUGCUCUUUAUCCCGAUCGUAUUCCCGCUUCUCCAAGCCCCUAUGUAUCCGAUCUGGGGACUGUUGAGACUUGCAGUCGAGAUUUCACCUUCCCUGAGCCAUACGGCUCGUGGCAUCUUGUACGCUUGCGCUCCACGCAUCAUUUCCAUGCGGACCAUUCUUUCGAUGAUAUUGCUCUACGUCAGCAACAUGAAGGGGAUAGUCCUUGUUGACAUAUCGAGCUUGAACAUUGUUCAUGAGAUUUUAGUGCCCAUACUCUCAUUGACUCUCGCCCGGGCCAUCUCCAGCGAGCCUGCUUUUGCGGAUUUCGCACUGAUCAUCUCCACAAGUGUGCCAUCAAAAAGCACUCUGCAACACACCGACCUGUCAGACCUAGACAUGGUCAGCACACGUGCGUGCCACAUUGCCUGUCCGUUUGGGAGGUCAAUUGUCGCCUGCACUGUCGAAAGUGCAGCUACUUACUUUACAGGUUGUGACUGGUUUACCGCAGACUAG